GUCUAUGAAAUGCUCAGUAUAUUCCACCAAAAAGAUUCCGUGCAACCGUCGAUGCGUCUAUUACAGCAUUUCUUGCGUCUCCAUCUUCUCAUCCAUCAUUGGAUCCUCUUCCCGUAUUCGAUCAUCCCAUUGUCUUCGGUUCUUCGAUUGGAUUAAUCGCAGAGAUUCAUUUGAGAUAAAGAGAAUCAAGAGGAAGACGUACUCAGUGUCAAGCAUGGCGCAGGAGGAGGAGCAGCACCAACAGCCGCAGAAUCUCCAAGUGCUGAGCGCCUUGGACGCGGCGAAGACGCAAUGGUACCAUUUCACGGCCAUCGUCGUCGCCGGAAUGGGAUUCUUCACCGACGCCUACGACCUCUUCUGCAUCUCCCUCGUCACCAAGCUCCUAGGCCGCAUCUACUAUCACGUUGAUGGUUCCCCCUCCCCGGGCUCCCUCCCGCCCCACGUCUCCUCCUCCGUCAACGGCGUCGCCUUCGUCGGCACCUUCUCCGGCCAACUAUUCUUCGGCUGGCUCGGAGACAAAUUGGGCCGUAAGAGCGUCUACGGCAUGACCCUCGUCCUCAUGGUCGUGUGCUCCCUCGCCUCCGGCCUCUCCCUCGGCCACUCCGCUGCCGGCGUUAUGACCACCCUCUGCUUCUUCCGCUUCUGGCUCGGCUUCGGCAUCGGCGGCGACUACCCGCUCUCAGCCACCAUCAUGUCGGAGUACGCCAACAAGCGCACACGCGGUGCCUUCAUUGCCGCCGUCUUCGCGAUGCAGGGCUUCGGCAUCCUCGCCGGCGGGACGGUCGCCAUUGCCGUUUCCGCCGCGUUCGACCGCUUCUUCCCCGCUCCUCCAUACUUCGUCAAUCCCGCCGCCUCCACCAAUGCCGCGGCCGACUACGCCUGGCGCAUCAUCCUCAUGUUCGGUGCCUUGCCAGCGGCUCUCACCUACUAUUGGCGGAUGAAGAUGCCGGAGACGGCGCGGUACACCGCGCUGGUGGCGCGGGACGCGAAGCGGGCGGCCGCUGACAUGGCGAACAUCCUCAAGGUGGAGGUGGAGAUCGAGGAGGAGCAGACGAGGGUAGAGCGCAUUACGUCGAAUAGCUUCGGGCUGUUCUCGAGGGAGUUCCUUCGUCGCCACGGGCUGCACCUGCUCGGCACCGCAUCCACCUGGUUCCUCCUCGACGUCGCCUUCUACAGCCAGAACCUGUUCCAGAAGGACAUCUUUAGCGCCGUAGGGUGGAUCCCCAAUGCGGCCACCAUGAGCGCGCUCGGCGAGGUCUACCGCAUCGCGCGGGCUCAAACCCUAAUCGCACUCUGCGGCACCGUGCCUGGCUACUGGUUCACGGUGGCAUUCAUCGACGUGCUCGGCCGAUUCGCGAUCCAGGUGCUAGGAUUCUUCAUGAUGACCGCCUUCAUGGUCGGUCUCGCUGUGCCCUACCACCACUGGACAACGGCCGGGAACCACGUUGGGUUCGUCGUCCUGUACGGGUUCACCUUCUUCUUCGCUAAUUUUGGGCCCAACAGCACGACCUUCAUCGUACCGGCGGAGAUCUUCCCCGCCAGGCUGCGAUCGACGUGCCACGGAAUCUCAGCAGCGGCGGGGAAGCUGGGAGCGAUGGUGGGGGCGUUCGGGUUCCUGUACCUGGCGCAGAACCCGGACCCUGCGAAAACGGACGAGGGAUACCCACCUGGGAUCGGGGUGAGGAAUUCGCUUUUCCUGCUCGCGGGUUGCAACCUUCUGGGGAUGGCGUUCUCAUUUCUGGUGCCAGAAUCGAAGGGCAAGUCGCUGGAGGACAUCUCCGGCGAGAACGAAGGGGAGGAGGAAGCGGCGGCGGCGUCUGCGGAUGUGUACCACAACAGAACCGUGCCCGUCUCAGUGUAAAAUAGAUUGCUAUUGGCUGCUAUUCUGGGGCGUGGUCUAUACAGAAUAUAGGAUCUCUUGUUAAAUUUCAUUUCCCCUAUUUCUUUUCUUAAAAUUGAUGCAAAAACAUGUUCGUGUAAUCGUGAUUGAAU